AUUUGGGGGGGGCUGGCAUGGCGACAGGUGGUCAGGAGAGAGGCGGGCUCAGGAGGGACUCUGACCAGGGGGGCUCCCUCUGCCUGCUUGGAGGGGCUGCAUUUGAGGGACCGAGAUAGGAAUACAGACGAGACGCAGGGGGCCUGGGCCCAGGCGGUGCUGUAGGGCCGGAGCGUCUACAGGGUGAUGCAGGCCGAGCCUAGCAGGUGGGCAUGGAAGGAGGGGUGAGGCCUGGGGGGCCAUCAUCACCUGAGCUGGAGACCCAGGAGGAGGGCAGGUGUGGAGAGAGGGUGAGCUCCGGGGCCCGUGCAGGCAUCCCUGGCUGGACUUGGAGGUUGGGCUGGUUGGAGCCCUGCAUGGCACAGCUGGGCUGGGGGAGAGCAGAAGCCAGAAGGGGACCCCCCGGGGGCUUGAGGGGAUCAGGGCCUGGCCUGAAGCUCCGUGGCAGGAGCAGAGGGUCACGGGGCGUGGCGGGUGCGGGGCGGCGGUCCGCCUGCUGUCAGCCCGGCAGCUGCCUGAGUCACCUCUGGACGUAGCCAGGAUGACACAGCUUCCUUGGGCUGCAAAGGCAAGGUGACCAGACGUCCUCCGAGGCAGGCAGACAGUCACGUCUUGCCGGAGGGCGGCCAGCCAGGGCCAGCCUGGAGGCUGGGUGCAGGCCGGGCUGGUGGGGUGCGCGUAGAGGUGCGGCAGGACACACACCCCGUCUUGCGGAGCUGGGGCUGGGCGGUGGGAGCCCUUCUGGUCCUGGGACCUGUCUUGAGCUCGUUCGUUCGUGGGAUGAGUCGAUGUGUGCUUGUUUGGGAAAUGGGUGCCCGCUGUGCGGCCAGAGCGGGGGCCGCCGCCGCACGGUGGCUUCUGGCUUUGGGUUCCGCUCUCGGCUGCGGGAGUGAUAACCUGCCCUCCCUCCUCCUCCUCCCCCUCCUCUGACCUGACACCCUCGAGGCCUGGGAAUGGCAGGGCUGCUCCGUCCGCUUGUCUUGGGCUGAGGGGCACGGGCACGGGCCGCACAGGAGCAGUGUUUCGAGGGCCCACCCUGCUCGGUAUCAGAGACGCGGCUUCUCACGCGCAGGCUCACGAUCUGGGCAGGCGGGCUAGUCGUCCAGUCUAGGCGCGAAUCUGAAACUCUAGAACCUCCCUUGCUCCUAGGUAAUCCAAACCCGGGGCUGUUCGGGUGGGUCAGUGCUCCUGUCAGCCACUGGCUCCCCUGAUGGAGAAAAUGUCCCCCGGGCCCUGGACCCCGGCCCAGCCCCUCGAGGGCCGGAGCACACGGGGGACGGCCAGGCCAUGAGUCACCUCAGGAGCUAGGUCACAACUGAGGAAGGGGUUUGUGAGAGGGAAGGUAAGAAGUGGUCCUGGCCCAGGCCCACCUGCCUUCCGGAAGAGCAAUCCUGAACUGUUAGACCUGGCCGCCCUGCCCUGUUCCUAAUGGGCCCGGAAGGGGAGGGACGCCCCAGCCCCCGAAGGCCCUCCAGACCACGCGGUCACCUGAACUGCUCCAUCUAGUCUGCUGGGGUUCCCUUUUCCUGGAGAGGAAGCCCUCUUCCGUGUUCAGCUGUACGUGAGAAUGGAGUUUCCGGCUUUGGGUUGAAAACCAGCCUUAGUCAGGCUGACGGUCGCCUGGAAGGUGUUCUGGGGUAGAAGUGCUGGCUGCACGCUGUCUGGCCCAGCAGCUCCUUCAGGGCUUGGGGAGGGGGCGAGCGGAGGGCAGCCCCGCCAUCCGGGCUCCCAGCCCAGCGCUGGCCACCGAGCUUCUGGGGUGAGCCCACCAGGACGAGCCCAAGGGCUCUCUGCACGUGUGUCGCCAGGUUCUGUUACUUGGCGGCAGUGCCCGGGCGUCCUUCCUUGUACGGGGCUGUUGAAAAGACGUGUGGGGUGACCAGGCUCCGAUGCGGCGGCGCUGGGCGCCCCUGCCCGUGCCCAGCUGCUGUCUCCCACCCCAGCCGGUUCCAGCCGAGUCCCAGAAAGCAGUUCGUCCUGUGUGAGCUCUGCUGGCCCAUGAGGUUGCCUGAUGUUCCGUGGUUCACAAAUACCCUUUUAGGGCAGUUGUUUCAAAAUCAGGUGUUUUAUAAACUCUUCUUCACACCUACAAAACUCUUCUCCGAACCUCUUUCCAAGAGCGAGCUGUUGUUUUUCUGAAGUCAGAAGUGACGUGAGGUCGAUACUUUGUGUGUUUUGGGUGUUGGGCGAGAGGCGAGUAACCGUGCCGCUCCUGUCCCUGUGCCGAGUCUGCGGAAGGGCCUUCUGCCCCUGGGCCUGACUUUGGUGUGAGCCCCCUGGGCAGGCACCGGGCUGGGAGGAGCAGGUCCCUGAGGAGGGGGCAGAAGCCAAGGCAGUGGGGGUCAUGAUGCUGAGCAGGGCGGUGGGUGUCUGCUCCUGCCCCGGACUUGCCACCUUUCCGCAGGGCCGGGGUGCUGGUACAGGCCCUGCAGCCCAGGGGGUUGAGAGCGCGGCCCUCGGCCGGAGUGUCUCUCACGGCGUCACCUGCGUGGCCCAGCUGAGGACAUUUGGCACUGGGGCCCUUGGUUCUGAUCCCCUCAUUUUUCAGAAGGGACGAUCGAGACCCACAGAGAGAAGGGGGUCUGCUUCAUCACCCCCAGAGGGUGACCAGCCCCUCGGCUCCAUAUUUACACGCAUUCGCGCCAUCUGCUUGGACACAGAAGGCCUGAGAACUGAGGAAAGGUUCCUGAGGUCAGACCCCGGCUGGGACCCCAGCCGGACCACUCUCUCCCGUCUCUGCCGGGGCUCCUCGCCCGUGGUCCUGGGCCCCAGUAGCCCAGGUGGUGGACGAGGUGGACUCAGAGCCGGUGGACGUAGCCUGAGGGUCUGCCUGGGCGACCUUGACCUGGUGAACAAGGGCGCCUAACGCUCGUGGGACCUGUGCAGAGGGCAGGGGGCCGAGCCCACGGGGUGCUGAAGCCCAGGCCUAUGCACAUCCUGGGAAUGGGCGACCCACCAGGCAAUGUCACGGUGGGCAGGUCCCCAGGGGAGGCGUCCCUGCCCUGAAGGUGCCCGGGUCCUGGCCAGGCCGGUACGUUACUGAGGGUCUGCUCGGGGUCCGAGCGUAGCCCCCCCUGCCCCCCCCUUCCUUUUCCCACCGGGUGGGAGCUGGUCCGGGUGGGUGGGCGGGGCCUCAGGCUGUGGGAAUGUGAGCCCAGCUCUGUAAACAGCUGGUGACUCACCGCCCAGCUAUGCCCUGGCGUGCUGAGAGCGAGCUGGAAUGAUAGCCGCCCGCCCGUCCUGGAGAAGUUUCUCAUGGCCUCCCAGCCGCCUGGCCCACCAGCCCUCCUAGUGGCUUCUCCAGCCCAGCGUUGACCCCUGCACCGGAGGGAGGGGCGGCCCGUGGGGCACUCUUGGGUCCCCCCAGAUGCCAGGGGUCAAGCCACAGUCAGGAAGCAGCUCUUACUUCCCUACUAGGAUUGCCCCAGGAGCGGCUGCAUGUCUGUCUCCAGCACACAUGUAGCUGCGAGGAGAACAGAGGGGCACGGCUCCCCCCGGAGGCCACACUGGCCUUGCUGCCAUCCUGCUCUCCCGCACCAGCGCCCGGGAGAGUGGCUGUGCUGCCGGGGCCGACCAGGGGUCCAGAGACCUGGGUGCUGAGACCCUCUGGUGGUGAAGGGUGGCGGGCCGCGGAGGCAGGGUGGAUGGGUGGAGGGUCCAGGCAGUGCUACAGCGAGGGUCUCAGGGCUGCGGGAGAAGGCCGUCCCCAGGUCUCCCUCACCUUGAGAUGGAGGCUUUGCUGUGGCUCCAUCUCUGGCCCCAAGACCCUCCUUGGGUGUUUCUCUGCCGUUCUCUCUGCUCAGUUCACCUCAUCCGGCGUUCGGAACUCGGGGGGCAGACCCCGACCCUGUAAGCUGGAGACACGGCGCACCAGCGAGUCGGGCCGGUCCUCCGCAUGCCUCCCCCAGCCGCAGGCAUGAGGGGCCUGCUUGCUGCCCCACAACCUGCGCUGUCUGCUCGGCCUGCCCCAAGCCAUUGUUGCUGUGGGCUUCUCUGUUUCCAUGACGACCAUGGGGGGUUGGCUACUUCCCAAGGUCGCCAUGGCAACUAUCAGAGGGGAAUCAUGCUUGGGAUGCUUUGGCUGGCUUUUUCAUGAAUGAUUAGAAUGUGUGACACAAUGCAGACGCGAAAACGAGAAGGGCGGGGCGGGCGGCCGGGGCUGGCGGGCGGCAGAGACGGCUCCCGCCAGACGGUCAGUGAGCUCUGGAGGUCCCUGGUCGCAGGCUGGCUGGCGUAGGGAGCCCCCGCCCACGCUCUGGGCCUCAGGUCAUGGCUGUGGGGCAGCCUAGGUGAAGGUGGUGAUGUCACAGCUGCAGUGCCCUUGGCGGAGUUACCAUUUCCAAGCGGUUCUGUCCGGGUGACUGUACCCAGGUUAUGACGACUAAUCCCAAAGCGAACAAGGCGUUGAAGGUCAAGAAGGAGGCGGGCGAGAACGCCCCGGUGCUCGGCGACGAUGAGCUGGUGUCCAUGUCGGUGCGGGAGCUGAACCAGCAUCUGCGCGGCCUCACCAAGGAGGAGGUGGUCCGCCUGAAGCAGCGGCGCCGCACGCUCAAGAACCGCGGCUACGCGGCCAGCUGCCGCAUCAAGCGCGUGACCCAGAAGGAGGAGCUGGAGCGCCAGCGGCUGGAGCUGCAGCGGGAGGUGGAGAAGCUGGCCCGCGAGAACAGCAGCAUGAGGCUCGAGCUGGACGCCCUGCGCUCCAAGUACGAGGCCCUGCAGACCUUCGCCCGCACCGUGGCCCGCGGCCCCGUCACACCCACCAGGGUGGCCACCACCAGCGUCAUCACCAUCGUCAAGUCCGCCGAGCUCGCCUCCGCCUCCGUGCCCUUCUCGGCCGCCUCCUAGUGCCCGGCGGAGGGCGCGGGGUGCUGGUCGAGGGCCCCACGGGGAGCGGACCCCUUCACGCCGGAGUCAGAUCGCGGACCUGUGCCGGGCUCGGGCCGGGGCUGGAAAAGAGUAGGUUCCCGGGGGCCCAAGUGCCACCUGCUCUGCACACACACGCGCCCACGCGGCCCGCCUUCCCCCGGGCCCUGCUGCCUCGCUCAGGGCCGUUUCCAGGGCUCUGUCUUGCGCUGGGGGAGUUGGGAUGUGUGGAGGGAAGGUCCUUGGGAGGUUCGCGGCCCAGACGUCUUCCGCCCCUCCCACGAGCAGCGCGUCCGUCCCCCGCUCGGCCCCCCGGCCGGUGCAGGACCCCCUCACCGCCCUGGGUGCCCCAGGAGGAACCGUGCCCCAAGGGGUCCGAACACCCGGGAUCCUGUGCCCCGUGAGCGGGUGGAGGAAGGGCUGCAUGUGCAUGAGAGCGUGUGCGAGCCUGUACACACGAGUGCGUGCAAGCGCAUGUGCACGUGUACCCGUCCUCCCGUCAGUGUGCCAGUAGCACCGGGGACCUUGGGGAGCGGCUCGUUAAUGGGGCUCGGGUGAGCCUUGGGCUUUCCCCUCUGUGUUGGGUGACCUAGGGCAGGUCCCCAUCGCGGAGCAGCAGCCGCCUGGCCGGGGAGGCGGAGCCCUGUGUUCCGUGUGGAACAGGUGUGAAGGCGGCGGCGGCAGCCUCAGGCACGGGCCACGGAGCUGGGCAGCGGCGCCCGUGGUCCUGCCCGUGGGUCCUGCUGCUGGAGGAGGUGAGAGCAGGGAGGAGGGUGGGGUUGGAGAAAGAGGAGUGUGGACGGUGGGGGGAGGUGACGAUGGGGGCGGCGCUGGGCUGGAAAGGUGGCAAGGACCAGCUGCCGGGAGUGCUCGGACGGUGUGUCGGCAGAGGACACGGGGACUCUGCAACCUUGGUGCUUAAUCAUCGCCUGGACCCUUCACCCGCUCUUCCUUUCUGGCACUCGGAGCCACUGAUGACUGGGGGGCCUUUGCUGGGGUGUCCUUUCCCAGAGAGCCGCUGCGGGACUUCCUGCGUGGCUAGGCAGGGGCCGCCCCUUCCUUCCCCACCUGGGAAGAUGCCGGGGCCGAGGGGUGGGCGGCGAGCCCCGAGCCCACCACAGGCCAGAAGCCCUGGGCCCCAGCUCGUGGUUUCCUCUUGGCUUGCCUCCCACCAUUUAGCAAGCCCCCGCGCAGGGUGCCAGCCGUCCCGGGAGGAGUGGGGGGAGGGGGAGGGCCCCAAGGGCUACAGCCAGAAAGCGUGCCCCUGUCCUGGGAGAGGGCGCGGGGUCUGGGGCGUCUGGGUCCUUCCGGAGCCACGGCCGGUGUGUAAAGAAGCUGUUGAUACCAUAGCCAUGGUAGGUAAUCCACAUUGGAUGUCAGUAAGGACCACGGGGAUAUUUAAAAGAGAGAGAAGUAUAUAUAUAUAUAAAAUUAUAUACACAUUUUAUCGUACAGAUUUUCAUACCUUUUCUUCCUAUUUGAUACUGUAAGCCUCUCUAGGGCAGAGCUGCCUGGGAGUGUGGGUGGGAGCGGGACCACCGCCCGCGCCUGGCUUCUUAAGCUGGCCGCUCUCGCCGCCCACCGCUGCCCUUGGGCCGCGCCCCAGCCAGGUGCCCCGCGGGGAGGGCCGGCGGCCCGGGCUCUCCGAGCACCCGAUCCCGCAGCCUCCACUCCCCGGGACAGGCCUGGGAGACCAGCGUGAUCCCUCCCCCUCCUCUCAGAGCGUUGAAAUUUCAUUGUCACAGUUUUAAUAUAUGGAUGUUUUAAUUUAAGAAAACAGGCCCAGCCCCCUGGCCGGGGGGGCUGGUUUCCCGUCCCCCGUGCUUCCGGUUCGCUCCCCCGGGCGACAGGGCCCUGCCUAGCCCCACUCCUGUUUCCCGCACCUCUGGCCUCUCAGCAGUUUCAUUUCAAUAUUUAUUUUUGUGCUGCUUUCAUCAUGGUAUAAAUUAUUGAGAAGAGCCCCUAUGUCGUGGCCCUGUGGUGUGGCGUGCGGCCCGCGCCCGCGCGUCCCCUCCCGGCCACACCUAAUUUAUUGCUGUACCUCUCCGCGUGACGCUUUUGUACCUUUCAAUAAAGAGUUUUCUGGUUUCA